GCUCAUAAAAGAAGUUCGGCGUUUUUUUCUUCGUAGAAACUACUACGCAAUAAACUCUUCACGGCCAGCAUUUCAUUUCCACUUCUUCGCAGUUUAUUUCAGGAGGUUUUUUUUUUCCGUUUGUCCCGGUCUGUUUGACCAUAUGCUUGACCCAAGAACUACGACUCUUCCCGCCGAAAAUUUUGCCUUUGAUCUUCGAUAGCACCCUUUAGAAUCCCAAAGAUGCUGGAUCCGGUGCUGAUGCGGAUGGACGAGAUCAACGAGGCGCUGGUGUACGCGCUCGGGUUUGGGCCGGACGGCGCGCCCCUGUCCACGGACCCGCUGCGGUUGGAGAUCACGAACGUGGCGGCCGCGAUGAACCGCCUCCCGAUGACCUCGCACUUGCGGUACAAGAAGAUCGGCCCUUCCCGGUUCCAACCCGCCAAGACCACGGCGUUAAUUCCGCCGAACCCAGUAUCCUAUUUGAAAACGUCCCCACCCCAUAGUUGUAAUGCAAAUCUGCAUGCUGAAAAUGUUUCUCAUGCGGAGCCUCAUGAGAAGCAGUUUCUAGUCGUGUUUUGCAAUUUGUCAUGCUCCAAUCAUCAUGGUAUGCUAGGUCUGUGACGCUGCUGAGCUAGCUCAAACAGCACUACACUACGAGUCCGAAUUUGUGAUGCAAAACAGCCAAAACUUGUGGAUUUGUCUAGCCGAUUCCCCAUCUUGACUAUGGUGUGGGGACAUUUUUACUCAGGAUACCCAGACGAAUUUUUCGAGCAGGAGCCGGCACAUCUUCAGCCGGGGAACAAGCAGUCCGCCACGGAACAGCGCGACGAAUUUUGGAUGCUGACGAAGACGCGGACCAGCGUGACCAUGCAGGGCACGUUGCUCGUCAUGCUGCACCGGCUCGCGGAGAUGGGCGUGGGGUUGACGCACGAGGGGAAGAAGGUGACCAACUUCGGGGUGGCGAACGCCGGGAUCGACGUGGAGACCGCAGGCAACCCGUUUUUGGAGAAGUCGAAACACGCCGUGAUUCAGUUUGAGGACGAGAAGAAGACGGUUAUCCCGCUGCUCCCCACCCACAAGUCGCUGAACCUGAUUCGCGCCCUCCCGGACGAGCAAAAGGCCUUUUUCCCGGGUAUAGAAUUUCGCCAGCCGCGGAACGUCGCGCAGGAGCGCGCGCACCGGCUGGAGGCACAGAAACUCGGGCUGAAGGACGAGGAUAGCGUGGUGCGGCACCACUGGUGCGUCGCCGAGCUGGAGACCGGGGAGACGGUGCACAUCGACCUGAACGGCCCGAGCUGGGGCGUGUUUGAGUACGUGAGCGUGAAGGAAUCGGAAACAAAGGCGCACGACGUGCCCGUUUCCUACCGCGUUUUGCCCAAGGGCGUGCUGAAACUGUCCCCGGUCAGCGGGGGCGAAAUUCUGUCGAUGAACUACGACGAAAAGACGAAAACGCUCUCCUUCAGCCAGUUCCAGAAGCCGGUAGCGGACGGCCCGACCGGGUUUGAGUUGUUUUUCGAUGUGGCGGAGUGGAAGAAAAUCCAAGACGCGCAAAUCCUCGACUGGCCCUGCUUUUCCUGCCUGAAGCGGUGCACUAAAACGGCGGAGCACAAGCACGGAACCAUGCAGACGCUGAGCCGAGACAUGGACAUGAGAACGGACUUCGGGCAGAUCUACGCCAACUGUCUGGAAGUGCUCUCCAUGGUGAUGUGCGCCUGCCAGCGGCUCGUGAAAAACCGGGUCACCGCGUCCGGCCUGCAGUCGGAGAAAGCGCAGCGGCUUAACAACAAGCGCGGCCUGCUCGUGCACCGGGGCGCGGGCGACAAGCGAGGCUGGAUUUUUGCCAGCCGGAAGGAGAACAAGGAGGGUUUUUUCGAGCGGUGGGAGGUAAAGUUCCAGGGCGAGGCGGAGCCGGUCAAGGUAAAGCCAGAGAACAUCCGCCUAGGCUGGCUGCAGAAAGUGCCCGAAAAACAGAGUUCCUUCGGGGGGCGGUGGGAGAUGCAAGUGGACUUGCCGGAGGAUGUGGAAGUGGAUUAGGGAAAGAAAUUUUAACAUCUCCUGUUGUUGUUGUUCACUAUAUGAAAAUUAUUUUUUGUUGCGGUUCAUUUUCCUCUUUCAGCUGGGCUUUCCUUUGCAGUUGGUCUUGGAGGUUUGAAGUUGAUAUGUAUGAUAUUUCCGCACCGGCGCGCGAUCGGGAUUUUUGAAAGUUAGUUUUUGGUGCCAAAUUUUGCGAACUCGAUUUUGUGUUUGGUAGUAUGCUGCAUUCUUGUUCUUCUGAGUUCCCAGGACGAGAAGUAGUUCACACAACAGGCGUGGUUUCCGCUGUACCCUAUUUCAUCGGCAGUAGUACUUAGUUUCCCCACUCUCGUCGAGGAGCCAGCACUUCUUUUCUGCAGUCAGAAAUUUCAAUUUUCCCUUCGAUGUUUUCUGUUUUUCGUUUGAGUACAACGACCCGCAUUUUUGCAAUCUUAGACGCAGC